GGUGUCCUCUCUCCACAGGUGUCCUUCUUCCUGUUCAUCGUGUUUGUGGUGUACACCAUGCUGCCCUUCUCCAUGCGGGGCGCGGUCAUUGCCAGCACCCUCACGUCCUCCUCACACACGCUGGUGCUGGGAGCCUGCCUGUCAGCCUCCUCCCAGGACACAGACUCUCUGGUCUGGCAGAUUUUGGCCAAUAUCAUAAUUUUCAUCUGUGGGAAUAUAGCAGGAGCGUAUCAUAAACAUCUGAUGGAAUUGGCCCUGAAACAGACCUACCACGACACAUGCAACUGCAUCAGGUCCCCUAUCAAACUGGAGUUUGAAAAACGACAACAGGAACGCCUCUUGUUGUCCUUGUUACCGGCUCACAUCGCUCGAGUGAUGAAGGCUGAGAUCAUACAGAGGUUGCAAGGCCCAAACUUUGGCCAAGUGGAGAAUGCUAACAACUUUCACAACUUGUACGUCCAACGGCACAUCAACGUCAGUAUAUUGUAUGCUGAUAUAGUAGGCUUCACUCGUUUGGCUAGCGACUGUUCUCCCGGAGAGCUGGUCCACAUGCUUAAUGAACUUUUCGGCAAAUUUGAUCAAAUUGCCAAGGAAAAUGAAUGCAUGAGGAUCAAAAUUCUGGGAGACUGCUAUUACUGUGUGUCCGGCCUGCCAGAGUCCCUUCCAAACCAUGCCAAGAACUGUGUCAAAAUGGGCCUUGACAUGUGUGAAGCUAUAAAAAAAGUGCGAGAUGCUACAGGAGUGGACAUCAACAUGCGUGUCGGAGUGCAUUCAGGGAACGUCCUGUGUGGCGUCAUCGGCCUCCAGAAAUGGCAAUAUGAUGUCUGGUCACAUGACGUCACCUUGGCCAAUCAUAUGGAGGCUGGCGGAGUUCCAGGGAGAGUCCACAUCACCUCGGUGACGCUGGAGCACCUCAAGGGGGCGUACCUGGUGGAGGACGGUGAGGGGCAGGAGAGAGACCCCUACCUCAAGGAGCACAGGGUCAUCACCCAUCUGGUCAUCAACCCCAAGGUGGAGCGCCGCAGCCCCCAGCACCAGUACCGGCCGCGCCAUGCCCCCGACGGGGCGAAGAUGAGGGCGUCGGUGCGGAUGACGCGCUACCUGGAGUCCUGGGGCGCUGCCAAGCCCUUCGCUAACCUGCACCACCGCGACAGCAUGACCAACGACAACGGCAAGAUCAACACAGCUGAUGUGCCCAUGGGCCAGUACCAUUUCCAGAGGAGAUCUGAGAGAACCAAAUCUCAAAAGAAGAGAUUUGAAGAAGAAUUCAAUGAGAGGAUGAUUCGAACUUUUGAUGGAAUUAAUUCCCAAAAACAAUGGCUCAAAUCAGAGGACAUUCAGAGAAUAUCAUUAUUCUUUCACAACAAGGUGUUAGAGAAAGAGUACAGAGCCACAACUUUACCUGCUUUCAAGUACUAUGUCACCUGUGCUUUUUUCAUCUUCGUCUGCAUCUUUAUCGUUCAAAUUCUGGUCUUGCCAAAAACUGCAGUCCUGGGGUUGUCCUUUGGGACUGCUUUUGUUUUUCUGUCCCUGAUUCUGCUAGUAUGUUUUACUGGACAUUUUAUGCAUUGCAGUAAAAGUGCCUCCAUUUCCUGGCUUUGGCUUCUGAGGUCAUCUAGCAUCAUCGCUAACAAGCCAUGGCUCCGUAUCAGUCUGACCAUGAUCACCACGGUCCUGAUCCUGGGGAUGUCUGUCUUCAACAUGUUCUUCCUGGACAAUGACAUGAUGGCUUCAGUUGCGGUUUACAAUUCAACCAAUGAGACAAUGUUUUACAAGAACGGACAACCAAUCAUGGUUAAUGACAAGAAUUAUUUCUACCUUCCAUACUUCAUCUAUAGCUGCAUCCUGGGCUUGAUAUCCUGUUCUGUUUUCCUGAGGAUCAACUACGAGCUGAAAAUGGUCAUCAUGCUAACAGCUGUCGUUGUGUACAACAUCAUCAUCCUUCAGACCCAUGGCUUCCUCCUAGAUGAGUACAGCAAGUUCCUCUACAAGGCAGACGUUCUGGACAGGCCGGGAGUUCUGAAGAACCUGAAGACGAUGGGCUCCUUCUCCCUCCUCAUCUUCUUCAUCACCCUGCUGGUGCUUGCCAGACAGAAUGAAUAUUACUGUAGGUUGGACUUCCUGUGGAAGAACAAGUUCAAGAGGGAGUGUGAGGAGAUCGAGACGAUGGAGAACCUCAACAGGGUUCUGCUGGAGAACGUCCUACCCGCCCACGUUGCGGAACACUUCCUGGCGCGCAACUGGAAGAACGAGGAUUUGUAUCAUCAGUCAUAUGACCUGGUUUGCGUCCUGUUUGCCUCUAUCCCGGACUUCAAGGAGUUUUACACUGAGUCAGAUGUCAAUAAGGAAGGCUUGGAAUGCCUCAGAUUACUCAAUGAGAUCAUCGCAGAUUUUGAUGAGUUGCUGUCCAAGCCCAAGUUUAGCGGCGUGGAGAAGAUAAAGACCAUCGGAAGCACGUACAUGGCUGCCACUGGACUGAACGCAUCAGCAGGACCUGAACACACACAGGAUGACAGACAGUACAUGCACAUUGGUACCAUGGUGGAGUUUGCCUUUGCCUUGGUGGGCAAGCUUGACGUCAUUAACAAGCAUUCCUUCAACGACUUCAAACUCAGAGUUGGUAUCAACCACGGGCCGGUCAUCGCAGGAGUGAUCGGAGCCCAGAAACCCCAGUACGACAUCUGGGGGAACACGGUGAAUGUAGCCAGUAGGAUGGACAGCACCGGGGUCCUGGGCAAAAUACAGGUGACGGAGGAGACGGGCCGGGUCCUGCGGGCGCUGGGCUACACCUGCUCCUGCAGAGGAGUCAUCAACGUGAAGGGGAAAGGAGAUCUGAAGACCUACUACGUCCACACAGAGAUGAGCCGCUCGCUCUCUCAGGGGAACCUCAUGCCCUGAGACGCCGCCUCGGCCUCACCGCCUCACCGCACGCCAUGGCAACCGGCCCCGCGGAGCCAGCGGCGGAGAGAGACUGUGUUUGUUCCUGUCGGUCUCUCUGCCCGGUCCCUUACUACGCACACACUCUUGGGUGUAGUCACACACAGUCUAGUACUG